ACCUGUAAGGAGAUUGUUGUGGUAGUCCUGGUGAGAGAUGACGGUGGCCUGAACUAAAGUAGUAGCUGUGGGAACUGAGAAGAGAGAAAAAGAUCCUAUAAAUAUUCAGAAUGUGAAAUAGUCAGGGCUUUGUGAUUUAUUGGAUUGGGCAUGGAGGGGGUCAACAAUCAUUCUCACUUUUCUGUAUGGGUUUCUAACUUGAUGCUGAUGCUGCAAGCUAACAUAGAGAAUACAUGAGGAGCUGGGAUGAGGUUGAUGAGUUUGCUUUUAUUUUUAUUUUUUUAAAAAAGAUGACCGGUAAGGGGAUCUUAACCCUUGACUUGGUGUUGUCAGCACCACACUCCCAAGUGAGCCAUGGGUUGGCCCUGAUGAGUUCGCUUUUAGAUAUAUUGACUCUGAGGUGUCCGUGGGACAUCUAAGUGGAGAUGUGGUCAGGAAGUGACUGGAUAUUUGAGUCUGAAGUUUGAGGGGGAGGCCUAGGCUACAUAUGCAGGUUUUAGGAGUCACUGACUCCUAAACAUAUGACUCCUAAAAUGGGUAGUUGAGGCUGUGAGAGUGUAUGAGAUUAGCCAUGGAAAGUUUAUAGAAUAAGAAGAGCAGAGGGCAGAGGAUGUGAUCCUGGGGCAGGCAAAGAGGCAAACAGAUAACAGCGAGUGAAGAAUGAUGUCCCAGAGUCUGGAGAGACCAGAAACUUGCAAAGACACAAGCUAGUCAGCAACUACUCAUCAGGAAACCUUCCCUGGCUGGCCAAAAUGUUCCUCUGUGCUUCCAUAGCCCCCUGUGCAUAACCGGCUCUUUGCACCUACAACAUUCUCCUGAAAUGAUCUGCCUUCCUCACUAGAAAUGAGUGCCCUGAAAGAAGGGGGAGCAGCCUGUGGGAGUGACAGUGCUGACAAGAAGGCUCAGGGUCCCAAAGGUGGAGGCAGUGCGGUAAAGGUCAGACACAUUCUAUGUGAAAAACACAGCAAAAUCAUGGAAGCCAUGGAAAAGUUAAAGUCUGGAAUGAGAUUCAAUGAAGUGGCCGCACAAUAUAGUGAAGAUAAAGCCAGGCAAGGGGGCGACUUGGGUUGGAUGACCAGAGGGUCCAUGGUGGGACCAUUUCAAGAAGCAGCAUUUGCCUUGCCUGUAAGUGGGAUGGAUAAACCUGUGUUUACAGACCCACCGGUUAAGACAAAAUUUGGAUAUCAUAUUAUUAUGGUUGAAGGGAGAAAAUAAAAUCAUAUGUGAGACUGAA